GGUGAGAUAUAAUUGAAAGGUCAUAUGGUGGUAAAGGCAAUUGUUGCCUCCUUAACCAGUAUUUCUGAAACACUGUUGGAGUAGUGAGCCGAAUGGCAGUGAAGCUUCAUUGCUCGACCAAGCUCGCCGCGUUUGGGUUUCUGAAGAACCUUCAAAAAUGCUCUCUACUUUCAAUUUCCCUCCUCUCCACUAGAACCCUAAGCUCUUCUUCUUCAAAUUCUUCUUCAAAUUCUUCAGAUUCUCUGUUCCAGCGCAUUCAAGUCAUCCGAGACCCAAAGGCCUCGGUUCUUCCAGUGCUCCGACAAUGGGUCGAUGAAGGAAGACCCAUUGGCAAGACUGAACUUGGCUGGCUUGUGCGUACCAUGAAGGACUUCAGACGCUUUAAUCACGCUCUUGAGAUAUCUCUUUGGAUGACAGACAGUAGGUUUCUUAGAAUAUCACCAAGUGAUGCAGCGAUUAGGUUGGAUCUGAUUUACAGAGUUCACGGACUUGAACGUGCAGAAAAUUAUUUCAAUAGUGUGUCAAGAAAGUUAAGAACACGUAGUGCAUAUGUUGCUCUCCUCAGGAGUUAUGUUCGAGAGAACUCUGUUGAGAAAGCCAAAGCUAGUAUGCAGGAAAUGAGAAAUAUGGGUAUGAUAAAUUCAUCUUUACCAUACAAUAUAUUAAUCAACCUUUACACUCAGAAUGGACAAUUCGAUAAGAUUGACAUGUUGAUGCAAGAAAUGGAAACGAAGGGAAUACCUCACGACAAGUACACUUUGAGAAAUCGCAUGUCUGCGUAUAUUGCAGCGUCUGACAUUUUGGGAAUGCAAAAUAUCCUGAAUAGGAUGGAGGAAGAUCCGUGCUUUUCUGUCGACUGGAAAGUUUACUCGUUGGCAGCAAGUGGUUAUCAGAAAGUCGGGAUGUUGGAAGAGGCUUUGGAAACGCUUCGGAAACUUGAACAGGAAAUAGCAAAAACGAGCAAUAAAACAAACAAGUCAGCUUUUAUGUUUCUUCUUACUCUCUAUUCGAGUAUUGGCAAUAGAGAUGAGCUUUACAGAGUUUGGAGCACAUACAAACCAUCAAAUGGGCUGAUAGAUCUUCCAUACGCCUGCAUGAUCAGAUCCCUCACAAAGCUGGAUGAUAUUGAGGGUGCUGAGAGGAUCUACGAUGAGUGGGAGUCAAAAAGCACAUUUUACGACUUCCGGGUGCUUAACAGCAUUCUUGCUGCAUAUUGCAAGGAGGGUCUUUUUGAGAAGGCAGAAUCAGCAUUAGAGAAGGCCGUAAAAGGAAGAACCACCAACACGGCAUCAUUUAAUAUCUUGGCAAACGGGUAUGCAAAGAACAACAAAAUGCCAAAAGCAGUUGAAAUGUUGAAGAAGGGACUCUCAAUAGGUCGAAAGGGGUGGAUGCCAAGUUGCGUCACUUUGGCUGCCUGUCUAGAUUACUUGAAAGAACAAGGAGAUGUUACGGGAAUGAAAGAAAUUAUAAGUGCAUUGAGAAACGCGGAUGUUUUAAGCAUGGAUACAUGUCAGGAAUUAUUGAGAGCUUGUGAUGCAGCUGGAGAAUCAUUUUUGAAUAGAAACUACACUCAAAAGAAUCAAAAUUGUUUUAAGUUGUUCUACAUGAACCUAAACCUUUUAGCUACAAAUCCCGUUUGA